AUUCUCUAGGGCGGGUGUCGGCAACCCGCGGCUCCAGAGCCGCAUGCGGCUCUUUUUCACCUUUGCUGCGGCUCCGGAGUACACUGCCCACCAGGUGACAGGCAGCCCCAAAAGUCAGGACUCUGCAGCUAGCCCAGCAAUGGGCAAACUACGGCCCGGCAGACCUUUUAAUCCGGCCCGCGGAGCGUGGCAAACAUUGGCUGUCAGGAUGUAGGUGGGGCAGCGUGACGAACUCCUCUCCUCUCACAGUCCGCCCUAAAGACCGGAACGGCGCGGGAACAUGGCGAGAGGAACGCGCGGAGCAAAGGUAA